AACCGAAAUGAAACCCAGCCAUAUCAGCCGUCCAUGAGUUGAAGCAGGGUCGUUUCCGUUGCUGCAUUUCUCACAUUUGAUAGUUUUUGUAUAAUGGAGCAGUCCGUUAGUCUGUAUUUUGUAUAUAAAAGAAUGAAUCCAAAGGUGAAAACAGGCCCAAGUUUGUUAGAAUCAAUCGGGAGCGUUACAAUAUCUGAUUCAGUGUAGGAAAGUGCAGAGUGGACAAUAAUACAUGUGGAUGGCAUUAUCCUGCGUGGAAGACACGUAUUACUAGCAUGGUCUGAUGAAUCAGAAGGCUGUAGAUGAGUAGCCAUUGGACAUGGAAUGACGUGGAGACUGUAUAAAUGUAGAGUAGAGAGAGAGAGUGUGUGGCCGUUUUGGUAUGCAUUUAAAGAGGAUUUUAACACUGCAAAAGCUUCGGAUUUUCCGUCUUUUGGGAGUCUGUGAACUGAGAGAGAGAAGGGGAGAGAAUAUGAAUGAAGUAGAGUUACACGUGUAAAACUGUAAAUUUUGUUAUGAAUUUUUAAGCUUCCUUUUCAAGGUUUUUCUUGUAUUUCAAUGGCGGUUUUUGGGAUGAAGAUAGAGUUUUUUUUAAUUAGUCUCUGGCUCUGGGAUUUUUCCUUUUUUGGGGUUCUGGAGAUUAGUUCUCGGAGCAAAUAAGUUUUUCAAAGGACUUAAUGUUUCUCUGGACGUGAUGGGUGUCAUUAGGAUCUGAUUUUUUGGAAGUGAUGGGUGUGAUUAAGAUCUGAGGAAAAUGAGAAGCAAACAGACUUUAGCAGAGUGAUAAUGAAUUUAGGUUGAGAGAUAUUCGUGGUCAUUAAUAAUGAGGUUUUCUUUUUUAAUUCAAAAGAUGUUUUUAAUGAGUAGGAUCUGCUUCUGCUCUUGUAAAAUGCAAGAGAGGGGUGUUUCACGGGUUUAGCAGAGAGAGUGUGAGUUUCCUUUCCCUCUCUCCUUUUUUGUGUGUACAAGACUUUGAGAGUUUUUUGCGUGCAUUUUUCUCUCUCUAUUUCCUCUUUUUCUCUCUCUGUAUGUGCUUUAUUUCACGAAGAACCUGAUUCUCUAAACACGAGGAACGAAUUACUUUUCUCCUUUCUUUUCUCUUUUUUAUUUUUCUUUCACUCAAUCUCUUUGCUUUGCUUUUUGUCUCUGUUCUCAACCUCUCUUCUUUCGUCUUCAUCUCCUACCAGAGAGAUCUUUCCUUCACCUUCCUCUACUCACACUCGGAGGAAGAGAGCGAGAUAUUUGCCAACAAAAUUGAUUCUCUCUUUCCUUGGAACAAAAACCCAACCACCACUUUUUCGGUUUUCUCCAUCCUUACAUUCCGGUAAUAAUUAAAUCCAGAAAAAAAAAUACUCUCUUAAUUUUGUUGCUGUUCUGCUCAUUACUCAAUUGUCGAAAUCCAUAAACGCCAGUGUUCUUUUGUCUCCUUCAUUCCAUUGAAGAAGAGCUCAAAUUUGGAAGAAAGAGAGAAGAAAGAUCUGCGUUUGGCUUAUUCGAAUCGGUUCUGGGCCGUGGAAGCCGUUUUCAGCAGGCGGAUGAUGUUAGUUUUAUGAUGAUUAAGAUGAUAGAAACAGACAAGAGUCGAGACGUGAGGCGUGGAGCGAGUCGGUUUUCGCGACAGAUUAAGCAAUCUGGACUCAAGCUCGUCUCUGCUUUGAACGGUGACUUUCUAUCUUUGGAGAAAACGACCAAAGAGAGAAUUAAAAAAUUGAGUGCUGUUAAUCGUGAAACUUCGAGCAAAGAGGAGAAUUAUGAAAUGGGUUGUGACGUAGCUGAUAGAGAAGAGGUCCUUCCUUCACAAGCUCCUUCUAUUAGUGGCAGUGGUGCCAGUAAGAGAUUCAAGCUACCCAGAAAGCAAUUUUUUGAUAACUGUAAUGGCGUUGCUCAUGUUUCUGUUCCGCGCAAGCUACGGUCAGCCAUGAAGAAACGCAAUCGAGAAUCUAUAUCUCCACCUUUGCCAGAUUCAAAGAAGCUAAACCAUUCUACUGGUGGUGUCGAAUCACCCAAAAGGGUUGGCGUAAAGAAAUCGAAACUGAACCUGAAACAAGUGGCCCCAAACUGGUCCUUGAAGGAAAGUGCUGGUGGGCCAAUCACCAAGGAUGAGGAAGAAGUUGUGGAGACCUUGUAUGCUUUGGCAGGAAUGUUCCCUGACAAUGACCCUGAUUGUAACACAAAAUUGGAUAGAGCUUCUUUAGAAGCAAGUUCUUUAGCUUUGCCAGAGGCUAGUGAGAGUCACCUGCCCAAAUUGGAAGAUUCUGUAGCUAUAAAAGAAGACUUGAACGAAAUUUGUCUAUCAAAAAUUGACGAGGAUGUCAAUCCUAUUCUUGACAUAGAAAAAUCACCUGAAGAAACUGUUAAAAUUUCUUCGUUGAAUGGACCAAGCAUUCGAGACCCAUCUGAUUUGCCCUGCAGUGAACAACUCCAUGGAGGAUUAGACGGUUCUGUUGCUCAAAUGAAUCUGCAGGAGCUGUUGGUUAAACAUGAGGAACAAAAGCCACCUUGCAAUUCAGUUAACUUUUGUGUUCCACCUGGGCCACAUCAGGAUACUAAUGGCUUAGAUCAGGCAGUAAAACUGGAAAUUUCACUGCUUGACAGAAAGCCAGAGAUUGCAUUGGGGCAGUCUAUGACAAUUGGAAGUCAACUGGAUCAACAUCAUACUAUCAGUGAAUCCAAGAACAAUGCACUGUGGCCAGGAUUGUCUUCAACAGUGUCAACCACUGCUUCUCAUGGUCCUUUGUCACAAUCCUGUGCUGUUAAAGUACCUGCUUGGCUUGGUAGCAGACCUGGUUUCUUGCAAAAUGGUUCAUCAAGUGGAAAGGUUUCCAAAGUUUCAACUGAUAGGAGGUCAUGGAAGAGGUGUGCGGCUCAUGGUUACAUAAGCCAUCUCAUCCGGGCUUUGCAGACGUCUGAUGGCAAAGAAAGCUUGCCAGUGCCUCAGAACCAACUGAGACCUCAUGAAAUUCUAAAGCAAGGCGUACUCAUGACAAUAAAUGACUUCAAUCGGAGCAGGACUGAUUUAAGUGGAAUUACAUCUGCUGCUAGCACAAUAGUUAAUCCAGUCGAGAAAAAUUCCAACGACAAUAAAAUUGGUAUUCUUCAACACCUAAGGCCACACCAAGAUAAUUCACCGGCAGCUCUGGCAUCCGGGAUGUAUACCUCCCAUAAGCAGAGUUUCAAUUUCUUGUCUCUCACAGCUGGAGGUGGAGGGAUGGAACCUAAUAGCAGUUUUAAUGGAGUUGGAAACACUUUGGAACCAUUGGCACAGUUGCAAGUUCCAUAUCAUGCUCAGCAUCCAACACUUGUACCUUUCUCCAUGUCUCAAACACGAUACACAUCUGCUUACACUGAUCAGCCUUCAGCAUCACAACAGGCCCAACUUCAGUUGCCUUCCCAUGUCAGCAGCCCAUAUUGUGUUCCUCAUGUAAGUCCCAAGGCCAUGACAAAGCAGCAACAGCAACGGCUCUGGGCGGCCCAGUUAGCAGCUCAGUACAGGAAUAAUGGAACUUCCACAGCCACAACUCAGUUCCCAGGCUGGCAAAGUGGAAGGCAAGACUCGCCUGUGCUGCUGCCUUGUAUACCUUCACCUUCAACUCUAGAAGUGGUAGGCCCCAAGUAUCCUCGGAUCUCUCAACAACAGCAGCAUCAACAGCAGCAUCAGUUCAUGGCCUUCCCUUUGUCAGAUGCAAGGGCGAAAAGGCAAGACCAUCACAUUUCUUCUGUUUACGAAGAAAAUGGAGUUGGAUUUCGAGCUGGUGGUGGUCCACUGCCAUUGCAAUUACUCUGCAACGAGCGAUUAUGAAUAGGAAUGGGGUCAAAAGUUGUUAUAAUCAGAUGAUGGAAACAAUAAAAUUAUUUCAUUCUUUCCUUCUGUUAACACAGGUGACUUGAUGCUCCAUUUUGUCAUAUAAUCAAACGGUAAAUAACGAUUUACUUUAUAAUUGGGGCAUCAAAACUGCAUGAAAAUAGCAGAUUGAAAAUGCCUAGCACAGUUUUACCCUUUUAGUAGGAAAACAUGAAGGAAUCUGUUUAUGCCCAAGCUUCCUUCUGCAUAGUUAUAGUUAUGCAGUUGGAAACUAGCUAUACGCACUUGUUACCAUGUAUAAGAAAGAUGAAUUUCACUUUUGUAAA